GGACAGAGAACUUAUAAUUAAAAGCUAUGUUGAUUAAUAUGCUCCGCCGUAUGGGCUACCCACAUAAAGUAGUGUGUCUGUCCAAUGGCCUUCCUUAGAUAGGUAGCCUCGCGUGUCUACCUACCCUGUCUUUUAAGUAGAGGUAAGGUAACUUCAGGUAAGUACCCACAGCCACCGCGCCUUGCAUCACCGCGUCCAAGCAAUUCUCCAGCCUUGCUAUCGCCGCCUCGUCAUUUUUUUUUUGGACUGCGAGCUUCACAUGUUGUCGCAGUCGCCAACGACGCCAAUUCGAACAACCCCGAAGCAUUUCAGACGCCAUGGAUGACCUCUAUGAUGAGUUCGGCAAUUUCAUCGGGGAGGAUGCCGACGCAUCGGAGGAAGAGUCCCAGCAUGGCGUGGAUGCGGGCGCAUACCUCGACGACGAUGCAUAUCCCGAGGACGUGCCCGAGAGGACAGGCCAGGAAUUGAUGGAGCUGGACGACGAGGGUCCAUCCAAUGCAGUCGUCCUCCAUGAGGACAAGCAGUACUACCCCACCGCACAACAAGUCUACGGAGCCGAUGUCGAGACGCUUGUACAGGAGGAAGAUGCACAGCCCCUAACCCAGCCCAUCAUCGCUCCUGUCGAGGUCAAGAAGUUCUCCGUCGAGGAAGCCGACCUGCCGCCCGUACACUUCGAUCGCAACUUCAUGUCAGACCUCAUGAAUUUUCCCGAUCAGACACGGAACAUCGCGCUAGCUGGCCAUCUGCACCACGGUAAAACUGCCUUUAUGGACAUGCUGGUACUCGAGACCCACGAUAUCACCGAUAGAUUAGACAAGCGAAUGGGAAAGAAGAGAGACGUGCAAUUGCGAUAUACCGAUACACAUAUCAUGGAGAGGGACAGGGGCUUGUCCGUCAAGGCGGCGCCCAUGAGCCUUGUGCUGCAGAGCACCAAGGGCAAGUCACAUCUGUUGAACAUCAUCGACACUCCGGGGCAUGUGAACUUCGUCGACGAGGUAGCCGCGAGCUUGCGCCUAGUCGAUGGUCUUGCACUCGUUGUGGAUGUGGUUGAAGGUGUACAGGUCAACACUGAGCAGAUUAUCAAGCACGCCGUGCUCGAAGAUAUCCCCAUGACACUCAUAAUCAAUAAGAUGGAUCGUCUGGUAUUAGAACUAAGGCUUCCUCCCAGCGACGCCUAUUUCAAGUUAAAACACGUGGUCGAAGAAGUCAACACGAUUAUAGAGAAUACCCGGCCAGGCUCCGGCGAAACAAAGCGCUUAAGUCCUGAAAAAGGAAACGUCCUAUUCGCAUGUAGCGAAAUGGGAUGGUGUUUUACGCUCCAGUCCUUCUCUAAGAUGUAUGCCGAUAGCUUCCCCGGAGUAAAUACUGAGGAGCUGGCGAAGCGUCUCUGGGGUGACAUCUACUUUAACCCUAAGAAAAGGACUUUCAGUCGAAAACCCUUGCCUGGCGAGCAAAGCGCAAAAAGAUCAUUCAUUCAUUUCGUUCUCGAGCCCAUUUACAAAUUAUUUUCUCACACAAUUAGUCAAAGCGCUGAGGAGUUGGGCCCCAUUUUGUCAUCGCUGGGCAUACAGCUCAAGCCCUCCCAGUACAAGCUGGACGCCAAAAUGCUUCUCAAGCUUGUCUGCGAACAAUUCUUUGGUCCGUCAACCGGCUUUGUGGACAUGGUUGUCCAACAUAUCCCAUCGCCCGUGGAAGCAGCGGAGACUAAACUGGAACGAUACUAUACCGGCCCCUUAGACACCAAAGUUGCGGAAUCAAUGAAGAAUUGCGAUCAAGAUGGCCCAUUAAUAGUCCAUGUGACCAAACUCUUUAACACGGCUGACGCGAAAAGCUUCUACUCCUUCGGGCGCGUUAUGAGCGGUAUCGCGCGGCCCGGUAUGCAGAUACGUGUACUUGGAGAGGGAUACUCUAUCGAUGAUGAAGAAGAUAUGGCCAUGGCAACUAUAGGUAGCGUCUACAUUGCCGAGACGCGCUACAACGUCGAGACAGAUGGCAUACCCGCCGGCAGCCUGGUGUUGCUAAGUGGCAUCGAUAACUCCAUAGUCAAAUCAGCGACGCUUGUUCCACCCAAGCUCGAGGACGACGAAGAUGCGUACAUCUUCAAACCAGUUUCACAUUUCACAGAGUCUGUGUUCAAAGUGGCUGUUGAGCCCAUUAACCCGUCUGAACUGCCUAAAAUGUUGGACGGGCUUAGAAAAAUAAACAAGAGCUAUCCCUUAGUAACAACAAAAGUUGAGGAAUCAGGCGAACACAUAAUUCUCGGCACUGGCGAGCUAUAUAUGGACUGUGUUCUUCAUGACCUUCGAAAAUUAUACGCAGACAUGGAGAUCAAGGUUUCCGACCCUGUAACUCGUUUCUGCGAGACAGUCGAAGAAAUGUCGGCUACGAAGUGCUACGCUGAAACACCAAACAAGAGAAAUAAAAUCACCAUGAUUGCGGAACCGCUCGACAACGGUAUCGCCGAAGAUAUCGAGAGCGGUCGCGUGAACAUGCGGGAUGGUGCACGAAAGGUCGGCAAGUUCUUCCAGGAUCGGUACGACUGGGAUAUACUGGCUGCACGGAGCAUCUGGGCUUUUGGCCCAGACGAAAUGGGCCCUAACAUACUACAAGAUGACACAUUAGCCGAGGUAAGCCGAGUCAAAUGCUUGUCCUACCCUCCUCUCGUUCACUAUUUCAUCAGAGGCGCUCGAUGUCUUACUACACAAGUUCUGAUGGGAUGGUUGCCGCGCGUACAAGCACACAGCAGUCCCCUCAGACUUCCAACCCUGGCUUGAAAGCUUACCAGCUUGCGAAUGGUACCUAAUGUUUUCGGCAGGUGGAUAAAUCGCUGCUAAGAAGUGUGCGAGAGACGAUCCGUCAAGGCUUUAGCUGGGCAACUCGGGAAGGCCCGCUAUGUGAAGAGCGUAAGUCAACCCCCAUUUCAUCAUAUCAUCAUGUCUUACCGCUUCUCUAUCUCUGGCUCUCCCCACGUUCUAGAUGAGGUACACACACAUCCACUGAAACCCUUCCCUCUCUGUGGAUUGGUCUCCGAACGUGGUCAAGGCCUCGAACAGAUCUGCAGUAUCACCCCCGAGUGACCCCGUCUUGGGUUUUGUUCUCAGCACAGGCAUGCCGAGGAAUCCGGUUAUGAGGCAAGAGUAUAGCCUUCCUUCUUCAGGGGUGCUCAAGAGGGGACAACGCGUGCCAUACUGGUGAGCGGGUAGGGAGG